AUGGCAACAAUCUGUGUUUUAAUUCGCCAUUCCGGAAAAUGGAGCGAUGAGAAUUGUUAUGUGGAAUACAACAUUAACGGGAUUGUUUUGAAGGAAUAUGCUUCAUAUUCUGAUUUAGUUGAUGUGAUUUCCGUACAAUUGAACGUUGAUCUUACAAAGAAGUGUAUGAAGAUUAAAUACACUAUCGAAGGUGACGACACGCCUAUGGAAAUACGUAACGACAUGGGUGUGCGCCUAUAUGUUCAGUUGAAAAAAAUGAAUACUCAAAUUGGAGUAUAUCCCCUGUGUGUUAGUAUUUACGAUAUUGAUAUUGUAUAUUCUGGUUCUGGAGAAACUUCUAUUGAAAGUGAUGUGUUGCAACUUGAAUACAAUAAAGAAUUAAAUAGUGAGGAUGAUCCAUUAGCAAUUGUACCAGCAUUUGGCGAUCAAACAGUAGAUGCAUUUGAUGUUGAAAAUGAUUUAAUAAUCACUAACAGAUCGCAAAAGGAGAUAAUGGUGGAUCAGAUAUACAUGGAUAAGUCGACAUUGAAAGAUGUGAUGGAAAAAUAUUCAAUCGAAAAAAGGUUUAAAUUCUUGGUGGAGAGGUCAAACUCUAUUAGUUAUACUCUUGUAUGCCAAUCUAAAGAAUGCACGUGGUUAAUGAAAGCGUCAAGUAUUAACAAGUCAAAAAUGUUCAGAAUUAGAGUUUUUAACUCUGAACAUACAUGUCCUUUGAAGGAUGGGGUGCAUUCAGAUUGUCGAGCAACAAGUUCGUUGAUUGGAGGAAUAAUAGCACCUAAAUUGAGGAAUCAUAAGAGGAAGUACAGUCCAAAUGAUAUUAAAGAUGACAUUAAGUUGGAUUUGGGUAUUGAUAUUAAUUACAUGUUGGCAUGGCGAUCAAAGGAGAAGGCAUUAGAAUCUAUCAUGGGGCAACCAGCUGCGUCUUACGGGAAGCUACCAGGAUACUUGUAUACGUUGGAUAAGACGUAUCCUGGUUCACAUAUACGAAUGCAGAAAACACCUAAUGACGAAUUUUUGUAUGUUUUUAUAGCGCUGGAUGCUUUUAUAAAAGGAUUUGAUCAUUGCAGGCCAAUUGUUGUUGUAGACGCCAGCCACCUCAAAUAA